GCCGCAGACCCUGAACUGCACCUAGUCCUAGUCCUAGCGCUGACCGUCUUCCUCGAUCAUCAGCUCGUCGAUCGACUUCGUCUCCCCCCUCGCGCGCAUGCACCUUCCUGUUACUGCCUAUAUUAGUAAGAGCUCGAGCGACCAUGAUCCACAUGCUCCCGAUGCAGACGAUGCGCCACCACCACCAGUACUCGAGCAGCAGCAAGAAGGAGGCGACGACGGCGCCACUGGCGGCGGCGGCCGUCAAGGAUGGCGCCGCCGGCGCGUCGUCGUCGUUGGUGGUCAAGGUCGUCGGCGACCGCCACCAAGGGGACCGGCCGGUGGCGGCAUGCCGACGCGAGGCAGCCGCAGAAGCAGAAUCCGCCGCCGUCGACGUGUGCCUCGCCGCGGCCGCCAUGGCCGGCGCGGCGCUGCUGGCGUGGUGGGCCGUCGCGUUCCACCCGUCCUACGCGCGGCUCUGGAUGGUGCCGCUCGGCCUCGUCCUCGCCGGCACCCCGCCCGUCGUCUGCCUCGCGCUCCGCUUCAGCUCCGACUCCGACUCGCGCGCGCCGGCGACGACGACGUCAGGUGGUAAAGGCUCAUCCGGGUCCGCCGCCGGUGCGCCGCCGCCGCUGUUGGUCGACGUCGUCGUCCACAAGUAGCGCGUACUACGUAAAUGAUGUAUAUUCUUUAAUUAGUGUCAUUUGGAGAAGCGGGGUGUGUGAUGCAUUUCUUGAAUUUCCGACUGGAAAUAUAUAUUAUUAUGUGUACAGAGAUAGAAUUGUAAACAACAAAAAUUUUAACUUCUUAUAUGUAUUUUCCUUUA